CCCUCUAGGGCGCGAGCUUUGGCUAUGGAGGUAGCGCGGGAGUCGCAACGGCGCAAGCUCUUCUGGGUGGAUGACAAUGCCGUUGCGCUCUUCUACUUGUGGCUGCACGGCCCCGCCGGCAAGAGGUUCGAGCACAUCAUCCACGACCUGUACCGGCGGUGUGGGAUUGCACCCCUGUACCCGAGCUUCCUGGAGGAGCUGCACCACUUCGCGUCCAUGCCCAGCAUCAGCAUCGACAAGGUGCGCCACGACAUCUGGGAGCUGGCCGCGUCGGAGAACUUUCCUUUCUUUGGAGCGGCUUUCGUGCGCCUGGCUCUCAGCCUUUGCCGCUACGCGGAUCCUGGCACUGGCGUUGCCCACGAUUGGUGUCCAACGGCUUGCUUCUCCAACAGGCCAGCGUUCAAGGCGAUCAUGUCGCUGCUCGUAGCUUAUACGUCCAGAGAUGUUCCGUACGCUCCUCACUCUGAUCACAUCCUUGAAGAGAUGUAUGCCAUGCUUUGCCAUGUCAAGCCGUCAACCAUUGCUGCGGUCGAGACCCAGGCCGAGACGAUGGUCGAGCUGCCGCAGCCUUGCGACGCCUUCGAUGUAACCGAGAUGGUGUGCCGGCUCUUCUAUACCUGGCUCCUGGUGGCCAAGCACUUUUACCUUGUGCAAUUCGUCAAGCACCACCUGGACAAGCAUUUCAUUGCUCCCAGCAAGGAAGUGGGCGAUCGGAGCCAAGGGCUGACGCUGCCGCCGGAGCUGGCGGGGACUGGCAUCCUGUGCAUGCUUCAGCUGGCACUCUCCUUUGUGUUCAACGUCACCUCCAGCUCGCAGGCGGUGCCGCUCUCCUCGAGCGACGUUGAGCAGCUGGAGGCUUGGGUUCGUUUCCGAGGUGGGAUGAUGCAGCAAGGGGACAACCCUUUCACUCCCGUAGCAUGCAUCCCAGUAACUUUUGUCGAAAAGAUGAUCGAGGCUAUCAAGGACUCGUGUGUGGAUUUGGCCCAGGCUGCCGCAGACUGCUCCUCCAGCCUCUGGGGUGACAGAUGCUCCCACAUGGUCGCCUUAGUGGAGCUCCACACGUCCGUUGUGGAGCUCGACUUUGCAAGCAACACCGUGGCUCGCCUCUUCCAUUCGUGGCUCCGCUGCCAGGGGGGGCAGUCGAAGCACAGAGCCAUGGUGGAGCACAUCAACAUGGCUUAUAACCGGCUGGGAUGGCCGCCGUGUACAAACUCGUCGCUGCUGCAAGAGGUGAAGUCGGGUCUGGCCGACGACGACAAUGACCGUGUUGCGGCCAAGUGCGACAUAUGGAUGCAAAGCCUGCCCAGGAGGAUGCAAAGCCUGAGGCUGGAAAGGAGCUUUGUCAACUUGUUGGCCGCGGUGAGCUUGCAAGGGGAGGCGGAGGAGGAGGAAGAGUUCAGCUGGAUGCUCCUGGACGAGAUCCGCUCCCGGGCAGCCGCUGGAGGCUAUCAGAUGCUCAAGCCGCGGCUGCCGGUCGUGGAGAACGGAGACGAAGGGGGUGUCAACGAAGUCAUUUACUACCUUGUGGAGGAGCUGCGCUUCUGGAAGCGCAUGGAGGUAUCGGGAGGGGCUGUCUGCCCAUACGGCACCGAUGAGGGGUACGACUUUACACUUCCGACGUACUCCAGGGCUGAUCUCACGCGAGACUUCAAGCUGCCAGGUGCUUCGCGGGAGAUUGUGGAGCACCAUUUGUUCGAGCCGACCAUUGCACUGUGCCGAGACGUGACGCAGCCAGUGCUCCGGCUGCUGGCCGCAUGGCAGCAGCACAAGCGUGGCCAGGCGGGUGCCAGUAAACCAAGUGCCGACUUGGACGACAAGGCGUUGCAGAGCUUGGUGUGCUGCUCCCAAAUCCGCGGAGCAAGCAAUACCAGCUUGAGCGAGAGAGACGUUGCUGUGUGCAAGGAUGCAGCAAGCGACGACCUUAGAAAGGUGGUUGCCGUGGUGACUGGGAAGUGUGAGCUGGGGCCUCUCCUUCACAAGAUGCUGGAGUUGGAAGGGGAGCAGGAGCAAGAGCAGGAGAUGCUCAGCAAGCAGCUCGGUUGUGUUGGCCUGGGAUAAUCCUCACCUCAGCACUGGUUUGCCAUCGCUAUAUCAUAUCGGCCUCGUGCUGAUUAGUCCCAAACCCUUUCCAGGAACUUAGUGGAUGACAAGCUUAUAAGAGAGCUAAUCAAGGCCGAAGGAGACUAGCAGAACUUACGGUUAAGAACAAGAUAGAUAUAAAAGAAUGAAUGAGAAAGCAUUCGGUUUUCUUAGUUCAUUCGUUUUUCAUGAUCUGUAAGGCUGAGAUGCUGGCGGAGCUUCCUAGCCUCCGCCACCUCCUUAGAAAUGCUGCUGGACGAGUUUAAAUGUUCCAAGAAAA